AUGCCGGCAUUACCAGGGGUGAUGGGGUCUCCAAGCGAUCAUGGAAAAGGCCAAAGAUUUACCAGAGCAAAUUGCAGAAUUGUUUCAGGAGGCAGAAAGACCUUGGCAACGUUUAAGCCUGAGGAUCUGAAUGUCAAAGCAUGCGAUGUUACGGCUGAUCGGGAUGACAAUGCAGCCUCGCUGCACAAGACGCUCUCAUUGGAUCUAUUCAAGCUGACGACGUUGUUGAAGAAGGCCAAUGGCCUAAUCGAGCUUCUUGAAUUCCUACCCCCUGUACGACCUGAAUUCCAUGUCCAAAGGCCCAAGAUGGCAGAUACGACACGGCAUAUCGAUGGAGAAAUGGACAUGUGCAAUGCCAUGUGCAAAAAUGCUUGA